AUGUUGAAAACUCAGACGCAAGCAACAGCGGUGCUAAUGGAAAGUAUGUGCCUCCAUGGAAACGAGAUGAAGUUCAAAAGGGUGAUGAGGGACAACGUGAACGUUGUGAAAGUGGAGGCAACAGCGGUCGCCGCCACGGAGGGCACCAAGGAAGAGGAAUGCACAAUAUUUCAUUCAAAGCCUGCCUGCUGGAGCCAGCAGCUUCCAAGAGAUGAAAGCUCGGAACAGGAGCUCUUCUUAGGAAUGAACUCGGGGAUUAAUUUCAACAAUUAUGAUGAAAUUCCCGUUGAAGCAACUGGUGAAAAUGUGCCACAACCUGCGACUUUGUUCUCUGAGCUGAAGUUGCACCAAUGGGUCAAUGAAAAUAUCAAAUUGUCGGGUUAUGGGCGUUCGACACCCGUGCAGAAGUACAGCAUUCCGGCAUUAAUGGAUAAUCGAGACCUGAUGUCUUGCGCGCAAACUGGAUCCGGGAAGACUGCUGCCUUUCUAGUUCCAUUGAUCAACCACAUUCUUCAGAACGGACCUGAAGCAUUUCCCUGUGCUCUUGUCCUUUCGCCAACUCGUGAAUUGUCACUUCAAAUCUAUAAUGAGUGCAGAAAGUUUGGCUAUCGUACACCCAUAACUUUGGCAAUUCUCUACGGUGGUCGCGAAAAUUAUCAACAACAAAUCAGCAAACUUCGGCUUGGUUGCCACAUUCUUAUUGCCACUCCUGGACGUCUUAUUGAUGUGAUGGAACAAGGAUAUGUUGGACUUACUGGUUGUCGCUAUUUGGUGAUUGAUGAAGCUGAUCGUAUGCUAGACAUGGGCUUUGAGCCUCAAAUUCGGCAAGUUGUCGAACUCUCAACUAUGCCAGAGAAGAGGUAUCGAGUGACUGCUAUGUUUUCUGCUAUGUUCCCGAAGGAAAUUCAGAUUCUGGCUCAAGAUUUUUUGGUGCCCAAUUACGUAUUCUUGGCUGUCGGACGCGUGGGCUCAACGUCAGCGAACAUCAUACAGAAGGUCGUUGGGGUCGAGGAUAAGGAGAAGCUCUGUUGUUUGAUGGACCUACUUGAUGCUGGAGGUUUGCAACGAGGCAUUGACCUUAUCAAGCUGAUGAUUGAAGCUAAUCAAGGGUUCCUUUCGACGAUUUCGAAAGAUGCUAGUCGCUAUGGACAAGGAAAUUCGCGUGGACGUGGAAGCCGAGGUGGAUCACGCAAUAUGCGCAUCGCGAUUAUCGGAUUCAAAAUUCCGGAAGCCACUAUGAGCCUUCACCAGCUGAGUCUUCAAGGAACGACUUCCGCCCAAAACCCACCCAGAACAAAGAUUGCUUUGAAUUUCAUUGCUUUUUAUUGGUUUCGGGCUCUUCGCCAAUUGAUCGACUUUAUUUACACAGGUCAACUCACAAUAAAUUCAACCCUUCUAACAACAGCCUUGAUGUUGCAACUAAAUUCGGUUAAAGAUGCUUGUGCAAAGUAUGGACUAAAGCGUCUGCUCGCAAUUAUAUUUACAAGAAUUUUUGCGCUGGAUUUUGAACGAUUCUGCAGUUUAAUCUCGGAUGAUCGUCUAGUUUGUGGUGAAGGCGGUGAAGAAGAGGUUUAUCGAACGGCCAUCAGAUGGAUCCAAGCAGCGCCAGAAGAACGCGAACAAUAUACACCAAAGUUGUUGUCGCAAGUGAGACUUGGCCUCUGCUCCGCAGACUUUCCAGCGGAGACAGUUUUCAAUGAGCCAGCUAUUAAAAAUCAGCAAGAGUGCAAGGGUAUUCUUCUGGAGGCAAGUAAAGUACAUCUACGCCGAGGGCGAUUUUCCCCAUCUGCCUCAUCACUUCGUGAGCGGUUUGUCCGACCCCGACAACAAAUUGGAUCGAACAAGAUUGUGAUAGUCGUCGGAGGUCAGGCACCAAAGACAAUUCAUAAUGUUGACGCCUAUGAUCCAACUACAAUGCCUAUGGACUUCUUUGAGCCCUCUAUCGCAAAGACGUUGUCGAUGUGGUGUUGCCCUAAUCGAUCGUCAUAUCUAUGCUGUUGGUGGUUU